AUGAACGACAAACUCAACGUCUGGCUCGACAACAAGGAGCAUAGUGUCGAAGGCCAUACUAUGGAAUGCACUCUUAAAUUCAAAGGAAAAGUUAUCUGGGGCCCCACUUCUUGCCACGACAACACGAUUGCUCUGAGAGAAGCCAUCCAUGACGCGGAUGACCGUUUUGACAUGUCCUUUACUAAAAAGGAUAAGACGGGUGAAGGCCACACACGCUAUAUCAGCGUCAAGUCGAACGACAAGGUUGUUCUGGACAAACUUUCUACUCACGACGACAUGGCUGGGUUGGUCAAUGCUAUUAAAGUCACUCUGAUUGUGGUAGACUAG